GUUUGGGGUUUGGUCGAAAAGUGAAUUCAGGUUGCUUUUUCAUUUCAGUUACCUAUCUGUAUGAUAAUGUUUUAAUUGAUUUGGAUUGUGCUUUAGUGAUUAAUCUCUCUGUUGCUGGUUUCUUGACUCUUAUAAACUUAGAAUGCUAUCAUAUUUGCUAGGAUGAGAACGAGUUGUGUGAACGAAAAUUGGGUAGGGGAAUUGAAGCUUGUUCGAAUUUCCAGAUAAUGGUACCAUAUAGGAGAUUUACACUUAAACAACUGAAAAAAAGAAGAUCUUCCUUUUCUACUCUCGUAACAUCUCUUCCCGUUUGUUUUGUAGCAAAGUCAGCAUUCUUUUCCAAAUUUCUUUUGCUUAGCACAAGAAAUACAGUUGCCGUGUUACCAAGUACUCCGCUCAUCUGUAUCAACUCAGGAGCUUGAAGAACUUCUCAGAGGAUCUGUGAAAAUCACUUCUUUGGUGCAUAGAAUUGAAUAUCUGUUGGGUCAUAGCAAAAGGAGGACACCAUGGAUGUUGAUUCAAAGCAAACUAUGGAGGAAACUAUCCUCGUGGGUGAUGAUCUGAUGAUGGGCCCGCCGUCACCUGUUAUUCCACCUGAGAUAGCGUCUCAUGUACUCGAAGGUGUUGAUCUCUGUGACGGAAUCUUGAGAAAUCUGUUCCUCUGCUUACAAAUCAAUGAUAUCGAGCCAUUCUGUCAGGACGAAAUUGCUUUAUAUCGGCAAUGUGCAGAAAGAAGGGAUAAGGAGCUCAGGCAACGCCUUCAAGAUAGUGAACAGAAAUUAGGGAUGUCGAUGCCUCUAGAUCAAGCAAAAGAAAGAGCCACGCAACUAGAAUCAGAAGUCACAUCACUAGAGAGGCACUUGAUUUUGGCAAGUGGAGUUGAAGGUAUGGAAGGUUUUCGGCAACGAUGGAGUUUACAUGGUCGCAUGACUGAUACCAAUUGCUACUGCCUUUUGUGUUGUUCUUUGGGCCGAGGGUCUAUCGGAAACAGUCUCUCUACCUUCUCAAGGUAGGGUUAAGGAAAAGGCUGGAGGCUCUGAAGAGGGGAAUGGAUAGCAGAAAGGAUGAGCCAGCUGAAAAUAUCUCUACCAAGAAAAAAUGGUUCUCCUGGUGAAACCAUCCAACAAAUUGUUACUUUGUACUCUUUUGUAUCGCGUCGAUUGUUCUUUAUGCAAAGGUGAAUCUAGAAUUUGAAGUUUUAGGGUUCCUACACCGGGAUUCACAGUCAAAAAUAUAAAUAUUUAGUGAAUUCUUAAUACAUAUAUGUUCUGUGCGAAAACUAUUGGAU